UAUCGCUAAUCUAUCCGUAAAGAAGAGUACGACGUGACGUAAACGACGGAUCCAAACAAGUAUCAGCUGUGUUGCAGUCAUUGUUCUCUGACUCGUAUCGGUUUUGGCAGACAGAUCCCGUUUCCUUUGACAUUCGUCAUCGAGACUCGCGGAAACGGUGGGAAUAGCGACGGUGACUAGUCCGCGGCAAAGGACACGCGAGGAAGUGCGAGGAACACUUAUAAAAUCCGACGCGACAAGUGGUGAGGAGAGAAAAAACGGGGGAAAGGCUCUUUUUUCCGUUCCUCACGCAAUCGUGGCUGCGCGCGUGCUUCUAUCCUGGCCCCAGUCUUAGUCCGUGCCGCUAUUCGCCAACGGUUCUCCCGUGGGACAAUAAUAGUGUGAAAAACGGGGCGGUACGCGCAUAAGCCUGGCCUCGAGCAGCGAGUCGGACGACGGUGGACUCGCUCCGCCACCGCGCAAAAGGUCCCGUAGUUCUGUACCGACUACCCUAAGACCAGCGGACGAGCACCACUCCUCCAGUCCGGACAUGGAUAAUUAUCGUAUGCAUGACAGCGUAAUGCAACAGCAGGCCUCAAACGGUGGUGUAUCUUCUGGGCUGCAACAAAAUGGUGCUAAGGCAGAUUCUGGUGGGCCUCAUGCUAAUGGCAAUCUAUUACCAGAAUCAGAUAAUGACAUUAAUGGUGUGAAUGGAGAUAUAAAUCAGAGUUUGGGACCACCAAAAAUAAUGGAUAAAACUAAUCAAGACAUUGUGAGACUUAUUGGACAACAUUUAAAGACAGUUGGUUUGGAUCGCACAGCAGAUUUGCUUAUGCAAGAAUCAGGCUGUCGUCUAGAUCAUCCCGCUGCUGCAAAAUUUAGGCAGCAUGUUAUGGAUGGCGAUUGGAACAAAGCAGACCACGACCUCAAUGAACUGAAGUCUUUUUUAGAUAGUGCAAACCAGAGUUUAGUGGAGAUGAAAUUCUUAUUGCUAGAACAAAAAUAUUUAGAAUAUUUAGAAGAAGGCAUGGUGUUUGAUGCGUUACAUGUACUGCGCAAUGAGCUUACACCCUUGGGGCAUAAUACCGGUCGUAUUCACCAGUUAUCUUUAUUUAUGAUGUGCACUGGACGAGAUGAAUUACAGACACGCGCAGGUUGGGAUGGCAAAGGAGCAGCCUCCAGGGCUGCACUUAUGGACAGACUGCAAAGAUUUCUGCCACCCUCCAUUAUGUUACCGCCACGCAGACUUCAUUCUUUACUUUGUCAAGCUGUGGAAAUGCAAAAUCAACUCUGCACGUAUCAUAUAACGCAUUCGCAGCAGACAAAUCUAGAAAAUGUCUCUCUACUUGUGGAUCAUAAUUGUGGCGAGGAACAAUUUCCGUGCCAUACCAUACAGGUACUCAACGAUCACUGCGACGAAGUUUGGUAUUGCAAAUUCUCACCCGAUGGUCUCAAGCUCGCCACAGGUUCUAAAGAUAUGACUGUAAUUAUAUGGGAUGUAGAUCCAGAAACACUAAAAGUGACGCAUAGGAAAACACUUGAGGGUCAUACAUAUGGUGUAGGACUACUUGCUUGGAGCCCUGAUAGCAAUCAUCUAAUUGUUUGCGGUCCUGAAGAUUGCCCAGAACUAUGGCUUUGGAGUAUCGAUACGCCUGAUUGCGAAUUACGCGUAAAAUUGACACAAAGCACGGAUGACUCGCUGACAGCUUGUGCCUGGCAUCGUGAUUCGAAUAAAUUUGUGACGGGAGGAAUUCGUGGUCAAUUUUAUCAAUGCGAUAUGGACGGCAAUGUUUCUGAUUCAUGGGAAGGAGUAAGAGUAAAAUGUCUGUGGUGUCGCAGUGACGGGAGGACUGUUCUAGCGGCUGAUUCACAUCACAGAAUUCGCAGCUAUACUUUCGACGACUUAGGCGAUGCUACUAUAUUACAAGAGGAUCAUCCCAUUAUGUCGUUUAGCGUAGACAGAACAGAUCGACUCGUAUUACUUAAUGUGGCAAAUCAAGGUAUGCAUCUUUGGGAUUUAGAAGAUAAAUGCCUUAUAAGGCGUUUUCAAGGCGUCACUCAAGGACAUUUUACUAUCCAUAGCUGUUUCGGAGGAGUUAAUCAAGAUUUUAUUGCCUCUGGCAGUGAAGACAAUAAAGUGUAUGUAUGGCAUGUCAAAAGAGAAUUGCCUAUAGCGAUUCUUACUGGACACAGUAGGUUAGUCAGUUGUGUCUCAUGGAAUCCUGUGUAUCACCAAAUGAUGGCUUCCGUAUCGGAUGAUUUUACAGUAAGGAUAUGGGGCCCAAGAUCGUAUUCUUCAGAUGGAGAAAAUGAUAAAACAGUUUCGCUUGAAACCAACUCUUCAAAUAGCAGCGGUUGGCACGAAAUGGUAUCGUAGCGAAUUACAGUUCUCAGUGUUCCCAUGACCUCAUGGUGUUCAAAAGACUGUCAUGCUGACAUUUGACUGUCGUACUGUCCUGUUGAUUGUCAUACUGACAUUUUACUGCCUUUUGUAGCAGUUGCUCUUCUAUACCUCUUGUCGAUCUUAAUCAUCCACUGUGUACACACACACACACACACACACACACACACACACACACACACACACACACACACACACACACAACACACACACACACACACAUACAGAGGUAACAAGAGGAAUGUAUAUGUUUAGCAACAACUGCUAAAUUGCCUGCAAUUAUUAAAACCAAAAUCAACCAUUGUGCGUAAUUAUCACAUUUGUGUGUAUUCUUUUUUUAUAGUACCUUUAAAUAUUUUACAUGCAUUCAUAUAUAUAUGGCAGCCGUUGUGUUAUCUUAAAAUUUUGAAUGAUUUAACGUCGGAGCUAAUAAUCGAAAAUAUGUGACGCAGCAUAAUAUGAUAUAAAGUAGGUCAUAUGGCAGAGUAGAAAACCAAGAAAAUUCCGUCUUAGGAUUGUGUAAAGAUAAAAUUAUAUAAACAAGAAUAUGGAAUGCAUCCAUGUAUUGGGACAGUAUCGUAGAAACACUAUGUUUUGACAGGAAUUUUGUCAAAUUUGACUAUAAUUGUAUCAAUAAAUAUUGUAUAUAACAGUUUCAGAUCUAGAGUUUUAUUCUAAGUGGUUUAUUGAUUAAUGACUCAAACAUUAUCUUUGAUAUGUGAUGUCGUAAUUUUCGUCUUUUAUUGAGAAUAAAUAUUGAAAUUUCAAAUAUUGUGAUCUCACAAGGGAUUAUUGAACUUUGUAGAUUGGAACAAAAAUUCGAAAAUAUUUGAUGGAGAAACGAUCUUGUUGCGUUCACAGCAGCACACCAAACUGUAGAAAUAAAAAGCGAUAUUUGUCUGAAGUGGCUUUAUUGUUUAGGCUUUUAUAAAAGAAUUAAUUAUAUAUUAAUUUUUAGUUAGAAUCAUAAUCAUGAUUGUAAGUGCAUGAGUGCAAGAAAAGUUAUCCAGUCCAUGUAUAUCAUUAGGCUGUAACUUUACAAUGAAGCAUCUAACAUAAAUUAUAAAAAUGUUUUUAAGUGAAAAACUUAUUUAUUUACAUGUGAUUGCACUAUCUGAAAUGAUGAAUAUACAUAGGUAAUAU